UUUAACUUUCAAAUUUUAAAUAUUUAACAUUAAUUUUUCUUAAUUAAAUUAAGUAAAACAACAUCAUUUUGUUUAGAGGACAAAAAUCAAUCAUGCCGAUCAAUACCAAUGAUAUUCCAUCUGGUCUCAUCGCCAAUACCAGUUAUACUAGGUUUAGCCGACUGCCAUUUUUUAUUAUGAAAACGGGUGCAAAGCACCACUACCUCUUAUUCAUAAAUCGAACGAACGGUAAAACCGCCAACAAAGUCAAACAGGGUCCAAUGGCAAACAUCAGAGUCCGAAACAGGAACAGAGUGAAAGCCUGUGGUCAGAGAGCGCCCCUUGUGAGCAAGACAGUCGGCCAAAAAAAUGGCCUCCCUAUAGAUGUGAGUGAUACGCACAACCCAGUCCCUGCGAAGCAAAGCGUGGAACGACAUGGUGAGGUUAGCAUGCUGAUGGUUGUGCUGUCCUGAGUCGUGAAGAAGAGAAAUCGUCAUCCUGGAAUCGAGUUGGAGCUCUACUUGUCGAUGUCCUGCUUCUCAAGCUAGCUUAAAACCCUUCAAUGCCCCCCAAAUAUCUGCACGGGUGAUGGUACAUUUCUCUAGGUUCAUCGUAUAGGCCCCUAACAAGAGACCCUGCCAGUCUCUAAGCGCUCCUACUGCAGCGGUAGAGCCGACUGCCAUUACACAAGACACGACAACACUGAUUUUACUUGAAAAAUGUUGUUUGGUUUAUCUUUUCAAACUGUUACUAUUUUCCUCACUUCCAAUCUACUGUAGGCUAAGACUACGGUGCCGCUCUAAAACCUGCGUUACUGGUGACCCUGCUUCUUAUUGGUACACUUGGCUAUGACAUAGCACUCGCUGCAUUCAUCAAUUCCCAAUCCAGAUAGCCCAUUUUAACUGGAUGAACCUACCUUUCCCAAACUAACGGAAAAUCGAAAACCACUUCCAUCCUACUAGGAGUGGGCAUUGGUUCGGUUCGGUUUAAACGAAACUGAACUAAGCAUACCGGUACCCUAGUAUAACUCAAAGCUGAACUGAAAUUUAUUUCGGUUCGGUCUGGCCGAACUGAAAUAUAUUUUGGUUCGGAACUUCAUCUUCUCAUUGAAAACCCACAACCACAAAAAUCUAAACCCAAUCUUUCUUCUCCCCUAUCCCACCUACUCUUCUCCCUUCUCCCAUCCCCCAGCAGCAUCAGAGUUCAACUUCGCCCAGAAGCAGUCGCCGGUCGCAGUCCCCAUCCCAGAGGAAGCAUCACCGCCAUGGCCGCCUCCUCGAGAAACUUUCUUCUGAACCGUCAGAUCCGACGCUGGCGAAAGUAUAAAUCAUGCUUCGCUCCCUCCGUCGCCCGGUCGCGCUUAGCUCCCUCCGCCGCCGUGGUCGCGCUCAGCUUCCCCCACCGUUGUUGUCGUCCUCAGCUUCCCCCGCCGUCGUGGUCGUCCUCUCCCACCACAACCCUUCCACUUCCCGUCGCCUGCAUGUGGAUGUCGACGGCGCGAUUGGAUUGAAGGGGAUGCAUGAUUUGAAAUAUUGGGUGUGGGAUGGGAGGUGAUUUUGUUGGAGACGAGCUGUUUCCUCCAGAAUCUCCACCCAAUCUGCCAAGUCUCCUCUAGUCUCCUUUCUCUGCCGGCGGCGGCGAUUGCCAGUGGCGCAUCCAGAAAUUUUUUACAGGGGUGUCCUUUCCCAAAAAUUAAAUUAAAUUAAAAAUUUAAA